UAUAUGUUUUUAAUGUAAAUUUAGUUCUUCAAUUCUCAUAUUAAUUAUUAGAUUAUUUCACGGUAAUCUUGACACGGUAAGGUUGUAUUUUACAUAUUUAUAUGAUGUACACACAAAACAAGGCCAACCAGAGGCAGCCACUUAUAGGUUGGGAAGAAGCAAAGUUGAGUGAGUGCUUUUUCUGGCCUGGGAGAUUCCAUGGCUUCAGUUGGUGCAGUCAAAUUCUUCUUGUGCUUAGCUCUAUGGCUCUGGAACUUUCUACCUCCUUGUCAAGGUGAGGAAAAAUGGCAUGAAAAUAGAUACCCUUUUAUCAGAAAUGCAAGCUCAUUCUCAUCACCAUCAAUUUCAACUACCACCACUAGUAAUACCUAUGACUACAUAAUAGUGGGAGGUGGCACUGCAGGGUGUCCUUUGGCUGCAACCCUUUCACAGAACUUCAGUGUUCUGGUGCUUGAAAGAGGGGGUGCACCUUUCACCAAUCCCAAUGUUUCAUUUCUAGAGAAUUUCCACAUUACCUUAGCAGAUAUUUCACCAACUUCAGCUUCUCAAUAUUUCAUUUCAACUGAUGGAGUCUACAAUGCAAGGGCAAGAGUCUUGGGAGGUGGCAGUUCUAUCAAUGCUGGCUUCUACACUAGAGCAAACCCAAGAUUUAUAAAGAAGGUGGGGUGGGAUACUAAGCUAGUAAAUGAGUCAUACCCUUGGAUUGAGAAGCAAAUUGUUCACCGUCCAACAUUUUCAGCUUAUCAAAGAGCAGUGAGGGACAGUCUUCUAGAUUCUGGUGUGUCACCUUUUAAUGGUUUCACAUAUGACCAUAUCUAUGGAACCAAGGUUGGUGGAACCAUCUUUGACAGAUUUGGCCGCCGCCACACGGCUGCUGAACUGCUUGCUUCAGGGAACCGUGACAAACUCACUGUUUUGAUCUAUGCUACUGUCCAAAAGAUUGUUUUUGAUACAAGAGGAAAAAGACCAAAAGCUGUGGGGGUUAUAUUCAAGGAUGAAAAUGGGAGGCAGCAUAAGGCCAUUUUGGCAAAUGAUAGGCACAGUGAAGUGAUAAUGUCUAGUGGGGCAAUUGGGACUCCUCACAUGUUAAUGCUUAGUGGAAUUGGGCCCAAAUCAGAACUCCAAAAAUUGAACAUCCCAGUGGUCCUUGACAACCCAUUUGUUGGGAAGGGAAUGGUGGACAAUCCAAUGAACACAAUUUUUGUUCCUUCUAAUAGACCAAUUCAUCAAUCACUCAUAGAAACUGUGGGUAUCACCAAGAUGGGUGUCUACAUUGAGGCUAGCAGCGGGUUCAGUCAGUCUAAUGAUAGCAUUCACUGUCACCAUGGUAUCUUGUCAGCUGAGAUUGGGCAACUGUCCACAAUCCCUCCCAAACAAAGAUCACCAGAAGCUGUUCAAGCUUUUAUCAAGAACAAGCGAGACAUACCCGUUGAAGCAUUCAGGGGAGGCUUUAUUCUGUCAAAAGUUGCCAAUCCUUGGUCAGUAGGUGAGCUCAAAUUGAUCAACACCAAUGUGGAUGACAACCCUGCUAUUACCUUCAACUACUUCAGUCAUCCAUAUGAUCUUCAACGCUGUGUUAAGGGGAUUCGUUUAGCAAUUAAGGUUGUCCAAUCGGAACACUUCACAAACUACACUUUGUGUAGCAGGAAAACCAACGAGAAACUGCUUAACCUCACUGUCAAGGCUAAUGUCAACUUCAUACCAAAGCAUCCUAAUGACACAAAGUCAAUAGAGCAGUUCUGCAAAGACACUGUGAUCACAAUUUGGCACUAUCAUGGAGGGUGCCAUGUGGGGAAGGUGGUUAGCCCUGAUUAUAAGGUUCUUGGUGUUGAUAGACUUCGUGUGGUAGAUGGCUCAACAUUUAAUGAAUCACCAGGAACAAAUCCUCAAGCCACUGUGAUGAUGAUGGGCAGAUACAUGGGACUGAAGAUUUUGAAAGAUAGGUUGGGGAAAUUGGCUGGUAUAUAAGGAGGAAUGUCUUGUGUGAAGAUCAUAUGAAAUCCAAGAAAAAGAAAAUAAAAAGAUGUGUAAUAUGAAGAUAA